UAACCCCAAUGAAGACAAUGCGAUCAACAUCAACCAACAAGAUCAGAGUGGCGCAGCGAAAGCAUGUGUGAGUCCUAACCCAUAGGUCAUAGGAUCCUCAAGUAUCGUCUUACGUGGUCGUGAACGCCUGAAGAUCAAAUCAAUCAGUCCGUAUGUUAAGCUGGCAGAGCCAAUGUUGAAUCGAAGAAGCUAUGAAAAACCGAUGAACCAAUCUCAUUUUCUUGCUAGCUUCUUCUUGAAUCUCGAGGGCGAGAUUCCUGUUAAGGGGGUUAGAUUUGUAACACCCUGAAUUUAGGGGUAUAAAAUUUCUUUUCUAAUAUCCACCAAAUUCAGGUGUUACUCUCUAAGUUCUUCGUUUUCCUUCUCUUUUUUCUAAAAAUGGAGAAUUAUUUUGUUAUAUACAUUUAUAUAAAUUUUUUUGCGUAGUAAAAUAAAAUCCAAAAAGGGUCCUUGAUUGUUGCAUGGCUUGCCGAGACAUUGUUUUGUAUGUUGUUUUUUUUGUGGUCGUGUACCCAUUUAAACUCAUAAAGUAUAUUUGGAUCUUGGAUUCAAAAGAUAUAUCUAAAUUCGAAUAGAAUAGAUUAAAGGAAAGGGAGAAAUAGAAAGCCGCCCCCUCUUCUUGGGCUGCCCGCGUGGUCGGCCCAACGCGCGUGGGCAUGGCAAACCGCACGUCGUGCCUUGUGGCUGCGCCUAGAAACCACUAUCAUUCUCUCUCCCUUUCCCAUCUUCUCUCCCUGAUGCUCGCAACUGCCACUACCCCUAUCACCUGGUGGUUGCCGAUCCCAGCGCCCAAAUCCAAAGCACCCCGGCGAGCGCCCAGACGCCCAGCUUGGCUGUCUCGGCGCGACCUCUUCUUCUCCGGCGAGUCCUUCGACCAGUUUGUGAUCCGUUUCCGAGCUUCGAGAGAUCGAAGGUCAAGCUUUGGUGACCAAGUGAUCAAGCUCCUCGAGCUCUACGAGAUUGAAGAUUCUGAGCAUCUGUUUGGUGAAGGUUGCCUUUGGUGCAAUCUAUGCUCAGGUAAAGAAGAAGGUGUCGAGGUGGACCUUCAGGAGUUCCAGGACGUUGAUGAGUUCGAGGAUUAGGCUAGUGACCUCCCCCAGUCAGCUGCCUGUGGUGGGUUGUUUACGUUGGCUACGUUUCGAUUCUGCGUACUUUGAUUUAUAUUAUGUAAAUGACUCUAGUCUGUAAUAUUAUUACUUACUCUUUAUUGUAAUUCGAAGCAUUGUGCUAUGAUGAGUCAUUUAUGUAAUCGCUGUGUACGUGAAUUUCUGAUCCUGGCACGUACAUGGUUCGCAUUCGGUUUACCUUCAAAACCGGGUGUGACAAAAGCACUGUUGAAAUCAAGCAGGCGCUUGACGUCCAAAGGGAAGCUCUUCGCACUGUUGAUGAGGAAUUGGCCUCUGCUGAAAAGCAGCGGGCAGAAACCAUGACGACAAUUGAGAAACUUAAUCAAAUUUUAAUGGAGGUAGAGCAAAAGAGAGCGCGACUUGAGGAAAUGUGUUCUACUUCAGAUUUGGAGGUGAGGAAAUUAGAGCAGGACUUGUGUGAUGCAAUUGCAGACGCGAGCAAGAAGGCUAUUGAUGUUUUUCAGAAGGAAACAACAGAACUGAAUCAGCAGGCUGAGCAACUUCUUAUUGAUUUAAAUAGUUGUUGAUCUAGCAGUAACUAGGGUCCCGACUGUUUGGGACGAUCUAUGAAUGUUAUUUCUCUUUAUCAUUAUCAAACGUUUGUUUGUUUUCUUCAUUUAAUCAUGAACGUGUUAGACCUUUUAUUAUAUAUCUUUUUUUGUAGAAAUAAAAAUAUUCUAUAUGGCGUCUUUUUUUUGUAA